AGAUAUUGUCUAGGAUGUAAUUGUAACAUUUGCCCAAUUGUGUUCUGAGAAGCGGGUUGAUAUGGAGGAAUCAGUGGAGAUGCAGCACACAGUUCUAUAUUUGAUAGCUUUGGGGGUCCUGUCAUUCUGCGCUGUCGUCGGCAACAUUCUCGUCAUCUUCACAUUCGUCAAGGACAGUGCACUACGGAACAGUACUGGAUGCGUGAUAAUGAGUCUAGCUAGUUGCGAUCUGAUAACAGGUCUUAUCGCUGUACCCACGGUCAUCAUGUCAAUGUUAGACCACAUUCCUUUCUUCAAACAGGGAAUCGGCUGUGACUUCUCCGGUGUGAUGGUGUUUAGCUGUUUCAACUGCUCCUUGCUCACGCUCAGUCUCAUCAGUCUUCAGAGAUAUUUCCUGAUUACUCACCCUUACAACACUCUCUUCUCCAAACACAACGUUCUGGUGAUGAUAUCAGGAGUGUGGGUGUACUCGUUCGGUGCCUCGAUGGUUCCGCUUCUCCCCUAUUUCAACGGAUUUGUCCUCUACAAAUGGUCUCUGUCAUGCAUUCUAGAUCUAAGAGGGAUGGAUGGGUUCAGAACUAAAUACUACUCUGCUGCUUACAACACCUUGACCUUUCUAAUAGCUGGAAUUAGCAUAUCCUUCACACAAUACUACAUACUACGUGAGAUAUACAAGAGAACAAAGACAAAGGCCGGUAGUCUUGGUGACCAGCAGAGUAAAGAGCGCUCACAGACUAAAAGGUUCUACGCUACUAAAAUGAUAAGUUGGAUGGUAGCGGGCUUUCUUAUCUGUACUAUUCCCAUCAUGAUCCUCCUUUUUCUUAAGGUCUCUGAGAACAUACCACCUAAGGAAUAUGCAGCAUUUGCAGCCUUUAUGACGUGGUUGAACAGUUUAGUGAACCCUACUAUCUACUGGUAUUUCAACAAGAAGUACAGUAAACAUUUGCGCGACAGUAUGAGGAGAGGAUCCAAGUUACUGAAGAGGAUGAGCGACAGAGCUUUAACAACACCCAAAAGACCAUCUAGUUUGCUGAAAAUACUAAAAGGAAAAUCACCGGCUAAAAAAGGUGAUACUGAUAAAGCGAUCCAGGCCAGAGUCCCAUGUGACAUUGAGACAACAGAAUGUACGUGACGUCACACUGCACAUGACGUCACACUGCACGUGACGUCACAUGACGUCAAGUGUCAGGGAACAUGAGAGGGUAGCCGACGGUAGACAUGAGUUGGGUGCAGCCCUGCUCUACUGCUCUGAUAUACUCCUCUCCUGCCUCCCUUCUCCAUCUUCCUAGCAAUCUACUUGUGUCCUUUACUGUGUCAAACCCUGAGAAAUACA